AUGCCUCGUUUUGAUGGUGCCUAUGUGGCCACUUCGGCUAUCGGAGAUGCGGCGGACUCAACUGCUACCACCACCUGCACCUCCGCCAGUCAUCGUCUGAUUUUGGAUCAACUGGAAAAUGUCAUACCGGCGGAGGAAUUGGAACUAUUUAUGGCAAUCACACGUGAGGGCUUUCCCUCCAUCCACGACGAGCUCGAGGCUGACUUUGCUAAGUGCCAAGCCCUGGCUGCUCAUGGGCUAACCAAUCAGGCAGUCGCUUGGGCGCGCUAUCUGGCCCUGCAGACGCUUCUGGGCGCGUCAUUUCUGUUGCACAGAGCCAGGUUGGCGGCCGAGGAAGGCCUUCGUCUGGCUCAACAAAUCUCCCUUCUGAAGUCCAGCUCUACUGGCGGCGGUGGAGGAGGCAGCACAGGUGGUCGCUCG